CGACAAGGUCGUCUGGUUGUGCCUUUUUGACUAUAUGCUGUGGAGGUCGCUAAAUAAAUUAGAUAUUUUCACUGGGGAUCCCACAACAGUUGUAUCUCGUACGAAAGCACUUAUCAUCCUGUUAAAUUCAAUGAUUCAGGUUUAUUACAUUGUGUUGAGUGCGAUUGUUCUAGAACGAAGCUCAUUCUUGCCAUUAUUAUUUUACUAGGCUCCACUAGUGAUGGAUUUUUGGUGAAUUCCACUAAGCGAGUAUGAAUGCCCAAGCGGAAUUUUGCGCCGACUGUAGUACAUCAUCUCCAAAAUGGGCGUCUGUCAAUAGAGGUGUGCUAUUAUGUGAUGAAUGUAGUUCUAUUCAUCGACAGUUAGGAAGACAUAUUAGCCAGGUUAAACAUCUUGAGAAAUCGCGUUGGAGACCAUCACAACUUUCCAUGGUACGUUAUUUGGCGUCUGCUGGUGCAAAUGGCUAUUGGGAACAUGUACUAUACGAACCUAUGCUUGCUGGAUCAAAUCCAGAUAAUCGAUGUAGCAAAUCAAUUCAUCCCCACAAAAAGCCUCUACCUACCGAUCCAGUGCACCCAACCAAGGCUGAUUUUAUACGAGAAAAGUACUUGUUCUUGGGAUUUUUUAAGAAACCACGAAGUAUUAACCAUGAUGAUUUAAACCAGCAACUCCACGCUAGUGUAAGGACAGGUGUUUUAGAGACCAGUUUAUAUUUACUUGCUUUAGGUGCGAAUCCAAACUUUAUUCAUCCGGUCAAAGGCACAGCACCUAUUCAUGUUGCAUGUCAGUAUGGUCAAAUUGGUCAAGUAGAAUUGCUGCUAGCUUAUGGAGCAGAUGUUUGUAUUCGAGACUCAUCUGGAAAAACGGUGAUCGAUUUAGCAUUCGAAAAAGCAUUAGCAUUGAAUGAAUCAAUUAGUUCUCAUGAAGAGAAAUUACAAUCUGCCUGGUCGUCCAUGGUUGAUCUAUUAGUUUCAGCCUAUUAUGAUUUAACAGAUAGCUUAGCUUAUUUUCUUACACGUCAUGUACCUGAUCAUAAAGCAGCUGUUUUUGGUGGAUCCUAUAGAAAUUUAAAUUAUAAUAAUGAACUUUCUAUGAAUGAUAAUCAUAAUAUUAUUAUUAAUAAUCACAACAGUGAAGUAAUAACAAAUGGUCACUUUUUAAUUUCAACUUCCUUAAUACAUGAAUUGAAUGGUACAUCAUUGGCACCGAAAUCAAUAGAUUUAACAUUAAAUAAUUCUACUGGACAAACUACUACUACCUCUAAUGCUGAACAAACAGAUGAUCAAGACGAUUGGAUCAUUAAAGCUAGAAGAAAGUUAAAUAACCUAUCCAAUAAUGCUUUUAUCAAUUUAUGUAUUGAUGUUUAUGAUGAGGCCGAUCGUCGUUUAACGAAUUCAUUUCUUGAAAAUCCUGAUACAUUUAAUAGUUCGAAACAUUUAAACAACUAUUCACUAUUCAAUGGUUCUGGUGUUAACAGGAGUAUUUUAGACAACAGCGAUAUCAGCACAAAAAAUGAACUACAUAUUAGUGCAGCUAAAGAGUCUGCGCCUACACCAUCUUCACACAAAACAACAACAGCAACGACACUACGUCAAACAUCUCCAGUUACUAAUUUAACAUUAUUUUUUCUACCUCCAAAUACAACUUAUUCAUCUGUACGUAAUCAAGCACGUCAAAAAUUAGGUCGAUUAUCUACCAUUGAAUUUCAUACUUUAACAUUAGAUGUUCUCACUGAAGCAUCGAUACGUUUAUUGCCAUUAUUUUUACCACUGACUAAUGUGAUAAAUCCAACUACUACAGCUGUUACUGCUCCAGUUACGACAACUGUUGAAAUGCUUUUCAAAACGUCACGAAAAUCGCAGCAUUCCUAUACAGACUAUUUUAAUUCAGACAAACAACAACAAUUGAAUGAAUUCAUUGUUGCACAUCGUAAAGGUCCUUUACCAUCAUUACCAUUACCGAAAAUAAGCGAUAAUCAUAUUAAUGAUGUUGAAUGUUUACAUAGUACUAAAAAUAGUGAUGACAGUAAUAGUUUAUGUGAUGAUUUAGAUAAACAAUUAACUAAUGGAUGUACCGAAAUUUCUCAAGAAGCAUUAAUUCUAAAUAAUUUAUCAGAUGAAAAUUUACAUUUAGCAUUGCCAUCGUCAUCAUCACCAUUAUCAAGGGUCAAAGUAAAAAAUGAGAUUUCAUCAAAGAAAUUAGGUCGUUCUCGUGAUGACCCUGUAUAUGAUCAGGUGGCUGGUGAAGGGGAUCUAAAUGAGAAUACUUUUUCCAACAUACAAACAAUCCCAUCCUCUGAUCAUAAUAUACUUCCUGUAGAUAUUGAAGAAAGUAGUUUAACUAAUCAACAAGAUAAAAUAGAAAGUUCAUUAGUUGAUCAUAGUAAUACUACAUUAACAUCUUCAUCAUCACCAUCUACUGAAAGAAAAUCCCGUCUUCAUGGACAACAAAUAAGUGAUGGUAAUGAUGAAUCAGAUUCAAUUGGACCGAUACCUCCAAUUACAAGUCGUCCAGGUCCACUACCUGGAUCACGUCGACUACAUUUAUCACAUACUGGUCGUAUAGCUCAGCAUAGAGCUAGUGUACCUACGGCUACUACAAUUACAACUACUUCUAAUGUUACUGGUUGUAGUAGUAAUCCUCUUUCUUUAUCCGAAUCAACAAGUAGUAUAGUAAAAUCAUCUGAUUUAUCAAAGAAUCUCACACUACAUUCAUUCAUUAAUUCUCUUAGUCCAGAAAAUUCUAAUGAUAUUCAAGACCAUUCACCUCGAUCACAUACUCAUCAUCAGCAUCAUCCAGAACUUUGUUGUGUAGCUGCUCGUAAUGAAGUGGAUCGUUUACGUAAAGAAAAUAAUGAAUUAAAAGUGCAAUUAUCUGAUUUACAAAAUAGUAAAGAUAUUGUUGAACAACGUCUAGAAGAUUUAGAAGGACGUAUUAUUCAACUGGAUUCUAUUGUUCAAGUUUUAAAGGAGGAAAAAUCUGCUUUAUUAGCAGCUUUCUCAGCUGGUAUGGUUAUGGUUCAUAAUCCAUCGAAAACAAACUGUGAUUCAGAUGGUCAUCAAUUAACCAGUGAAACAGCGAUCACAACAGCAACAUCCAUGGGAGUGUACUCAUCCAAAUUGAAGCCUAUCAAUGGUAAUGAAACACCUUUAACACAUCAUCAAUGGAAUUAUGAUAAGGACGAAGAGAAUGGAUGUAGAGUAUAUAGUGAAGGACAUGGUGAUGAUGAAGUUGGUGAAGUGGAUACUGAACAAUAUAAAGACGAUGAUUCUGAAUACGAUAUGGAACGGGUUGUUACUGGUGGUGGUGGCUGCGAUAAUGAUAAGUCAAGCAAUGGAGGUAAUUAUGCAAUGGGUUCACAUUGUCUUGAUUCCGGUGUACUACUUAGACAAGGAAUUAUUCUACGUGGAAGCAGAGGUGGAUCACCAGCAGCGGUGACUGCUGUUGGUGGUGUAACGCAUCAAACAGUUUUCAGCCAUUCACAUCCUUCUAUUUCUCAAUCGAAUAUUAUAACGCCAUCUCUGCAUGGUUUUGUACAAAAUAAUAAUUUACCAAGUAGAAACAAUGAAGAACAAAAGCAAUCAUCUGUAUUCACUUCAACCAGUCAAACUGUUAUCUCAUCUGGACCACAAAAUAUUCCACUUUACGUUAACACUCCACAUAUUCAACCACCUAUGUCCAAGUCAAAACCAGCCUUAGUGUCGAAUGCUUCAAUUAAACUUGCUGAAGCUUUAAAUCCUGACAUCCCGGAUGAUUAUACUGCACCAAAUGCUACCGGUUCCCCCUCUCCAGCACCAAUACCGAUUAGUCAAAGUCUAGCGAAUCAGUUGAGUAAUCGUAUUAUAACAACCAGUCCAAGUAUAAGUAUUCCUGGCAGUCAUCAAGUGAAAUCAACACAUUUACUAAAUUCGCGUUCGCAUAAGCCAAACAUGGUUGAUGGUAGAAAGCAGUUGCAUCAUGCAGAAGUUUUAGUAUCUAUCAGUAAAUCAUCUCCAGACUAUGAUAACGCUUCUCGUUCAUCCUCAUUGAUACACUCAUCGAAUGAAUCGUUUCAUAAAAUCGAUAAGCAGUCUAGACCAGGUGUUGUUCGAGAUCGAGUUUGGAAAGCCCCAAGUUCUGAACGAGUUGUCCGAUGUGUUGAAACAAUUAUUGUGCGUAUUCGAAGUUUGGUAGAGAUUGCCAAUGGUGAUCGUCCUGGUAACAAUAAUAGUGCUCACUGUUCCCGUUUAAUUCAAUUAGCUGUGAAAGAUUUACUAAGUUUAUUUCCUUCUGAUGAAUCUCGUCCAACAGAGGUGAAGAAUGCAUUGAAUAAUCUUGCAACAGAAUCAGAGAAUUUACGACAACAUUGUGAACAAAUCAUCACUUCAUCUUCCUCCACAUCUCUCUCUUCUCCCAGUACUGUUGGACCUAUCAAUCAUGGUAGUCGACCAGUUCCACCGGAGAUCACCGUUCUAAUACGUCAUGCUCAUAAGAUUGCUAGAGCUGCAAAGGAUUUACUGUCGCUUUUUCAACGAUCUGAUCAAUGAAUCGUUUGUGUAAUAAUAACAAUAAUAAUAAUAAACAAACUUAUAUCAUCAUCAUCAUCAUUAGGGUUAUGCAAUUUCUUGCUUAAUUUACUUAUUUUCUCUAUAAUCAAAAUAUCAAAAAAGAUAACAAUGUACUGAAUUGUAUGCGCGCCGUCCUUGUGAAUAAAAUCCCCAGCAUUGUUGUCUAGUCACCAUAAUAGGAACCCUCAUUUCCAUAAAUUAGCAAUUAUACUUGUAUGAUUUAUUUACAAAUCGGAACAUUGGUUGUUGUUGAGCUUUUCAUUAGCUGUAACUUAUUUAUUUCAAUCCUUUUUACCACAGGGUGGAACGAUCUUAUUUUGUGUUAUUUAUUUUUAAAUGAUCAAUUUAUUUCUAACUUUGUGGAUAUUUCUCUGUAUGAACUCUUCGUUUUUAUCAAUAAGCGUUUACAGUUUGUGAUGUUGUUGCAAUCUCAGUUUACUUUCUAGUGUGUAUGACAAAUAUAAUUGCAUUCUUCUCGUUUAUUUUCACUACUUCAAGAUAAAAGCGGCAUUUUUUGGUCUACCGUGAUAAUGAAAACGAUGCCCCUGGUGAAAUAUAUGAUUAUUUUCUGUUUAUCAUCAUUAUUUCUGUAGGUAUAUUAGAGAAAUGCGUGUUAAGACGUGUUCUGGAUUUACCUCGGUCAUCCUGUACUACUUUGAACUGCAACUCUGUUGAUUACAUAUUGAGUGAUGAUCUACUCAAAUAUCUCGAGC